GAUCAUAUAGCUGAGUAGUUAUUCCUAAUAUAUAAAUAUAUAUUUUUUAAUUUCCAUAUUGUUUAAACCAUAAAAAAACACACACAUGCACACAAAAAUGCAUUUUCGUUGCCCUUCUCCAACACUGAGCCCCUGGCCCUCAAAAAUCCUGUGCACGUCCCUGGUGUAAAAUGAUACUUCUUAAUAUUGAAGUCAAUGGAAAAUAGCAGCCUGACUCCAGUGGAGAAAAUGUAAGUAGAUUUCAGAUUCUUUUAUUUCUAAAACCCCAUUUUACAAUCAAGGUUGUCUUGUUUAAAAAAAAAACCCACAACAAAACAGGUGAUCUUUGUUCUAUUUUUUUCUAUUGAAAGAAGCCACAAUGUGUCUGUACCAUAAACAUGAUCCGUGUCCGUUUAGUUUAUGCUAUGAACUGUUUAUUUCUGUUUGUGGUGAUGCAGGAAAUGAGUUCCAGUCAGCUCUUUGAUAAAUAAGAUCCACCUGUUCUGAGCUUUGCAGUUUGCCUUGACGUUGAUGCUUGUGAAGCUGCUUAGGUAGGCAGGAACCGUCAAUAAAGUACACAAAAAACACCCCAGAUAACACUACUAAUGUGAAAGACCCCCAAACACCGACACAGACAAAACAACAUUUAAUAAAACUCAUUUGAACUGUUUUUUCUACGUGAUUUCAUGUAUUUCUGUGCUUCUUCUGUGUUUCUCGGGGGGGUCAGUCUUGGUCAUCUCAUCAAAUGAAGCCUGACUUAAUCAGGCUGGGAUGAACACCCAAACACUGACGGAAGAUGAAGUCACAAAGAUCUUUCUCCUUCAUCUGUUCACCUCGUUUCAUUUUUAUUUAUGCUCCAAGAAUCUGACUCAGACUUUCCACAGAAACCUGCCGUACAAGUGCGACAGUUCAAGAUUAUGAGGGAUGAGUGGGGAGUGACUCGGCUGCUGCCACUCAGGGAGGUGGGCAGGGCUGUGAGGCAGAACCUGAGAGCAGCAGGUGGAGGAGGAAGUGGAGAUAUCUCUGUCAGGGGCAAGGUGGAGGACAUGGCCCGGCCUGCUCUCGCAGGAGCUCUGCUCAUCCUGGUACUGGUUCUGAGUCUACAAACAAGACAUCUUGUUGGGUCGGAUUUUCCUCCAGUAGCCACGGUCCCUGGAGAUUUCAUGAUUGGAGGACUGUUUCCCAUCCAUGAAGACGUGAACAUGCAGAACAGAUCCUUUGACCCGCAGCCCCCGCAGUGCAUCAGGUUUGAGGAGCGAGGCCUCUCGUGGGCGUUGGCUAUGGUCAAUGCCAUUGAAGUCCUGAACAGCUCUCCUAUUCUGACUGAAGUCAACGUCACGCUGGGCUACCACAUCCUGGACUCCUGCUCGGAUGUUAGCACGGCUCUGAGGGCCACGGAGGACCUUCUCCAGAGGGUGGCCCCCCUGAAGCCUGUCACUGCCGUUGUUGGAGCCUCAUCCUCUGAAAUAUCCAUCGCUGUUGCCCGACUUCUCACCCUCAACAUGAUUCCUCAGAUCAGCUAUGCAUCAACCGCUGUCAUCUUGAGCGACAAGAGCCGCUUCCCCGCCUUCAUGAGGACCAUCCCCAAUGAUGAGCACCAGACCGCAGCCAUGGUCACUCUGCUCAGCACUUACAACUGGACCUGGGUGGGCGUGGUCACUACAGAUGGAGACUACGGCAGAUCUGCACUGGAGAACUUUGCUAGCGAGGCUUCUGAAAGUGGCAUCUGUGUGGCGUUCAGGCUGGUUCUGCCCGAGUCUGUGACCAACCCCAACAUCCAGUCUUCCAUCAGAGACACAGCGGAAACUAUUUACAACAACCCGAAAGUCCAGGUCAUCGUGUCGUUUGCCAAGCCCACUCACAUGGUCUACCUGUAUCAGGAGCUCAAGGAUCAGACGCUGAGAGCAGGACAAAGCCAGAAGUCCAUGAGGAGACUUUGGGUGGCUAGUGACAGCUGGGCGUCCUCCAGCUCUGCAAGAGGAAACUUGAGUUUAGAGGAGAUCGGUCAAGUUGUGGGCUUCACCUUCAAAAAAGGAAACCUGAGAUCUUUUGAGUCUUACCUGAACAGGCUCGGCUCAGGUGAACUGAGCUUUAAAGGGAAGGACCGCCUCAUCCAGGAGCUGUAUACACAACUCAAUGGCAGCAAAGGAUACACUGACAGCGAACUGGCAUCCAAAGCCGCCAGCAUUCUCAAGGAAAACACGCAAGCGGACACCAUCUUUAGCAUCGAACUGGCAGUGAGCGCCAUUGCUCAGGCUGUGGCUUCCAUCUGUCGAAGCAGAGAAUGCAAAAGUCCUGGAGCUGUGCAACCCUGGGAGGUUCUACAAGCUCUGUGGAUGCACAAGUUCACCCUUGAAGCCCACAGCUACAGGUUCAACAGCAGAGGAGACAUCAACUUGGGCUAUGAUGUGACGCUGUGGAGCUCAGAUGGAAGGAACGAUAUUAUCCUGAAUGUUGUGUCAGAGUAUCAUGUGCACAACAACAGCUUCACCAACCAAAGCUUCAUGCAGCUCCCAGAGCUCCAGGACAUCAUCUCAAAGUGCUCCAACAGCUGUAUUCCUGGAGAGUUCAAGAAAACUGCUGAGGGCCAGCACACCUGCUGCUAUGAGUGUGUCAGCUGCACUGAAAACUACUACACUAAUGACACAGACAUGGACCUCUGUCUGAGCUGUGACCCCCACACCCAGUGGUCUCCUGCAGGCAGUUCCAGCUGCAUCCCUAAGGCCCUGCUCUUCUUCUCGUGGAAAGAUGGCUUUGCCGUGGUGCUCCUGACCUUUUCUGCUCUGGGCAUGGUCCUGGUUCUACUGGUGUCAGCUCUGUUCCUGUAUCACCGUGACACGCCAGUGGUGAAAGCUGCGGGGGGGCCGCUAAGCCACAUCAUGCUGUUCUCCUUGAUGAUCAGUUACACCAGUGCCAUCCUGUUUGUGGGGCGACCGACCCACUUGCAGUGCAAGGCUCGUCAAGUGCUCUAUGGCAUCAGCUUUACUCUGUGUGUCUCCUGCAUUUUGGUGAAGACUCUGAAAAUCCUGCUAGCCUUCCGAUUCAACCUGGAGCAACAGGAGGUCCUGCGGAGGCUUUACCAGCCUUACAUCAUAAUCACUCUCUGCUUGGCUAUGCAGGCGGUUACCUGCAUCUGCUGGUUGGUCUUUGCAAGUCCAUUUAGGGAAAUUACCAUUCAACCAACCACUCUGCUGGAGGAGUGUCAUGAAGGCUCUUAUCUUGCUUUUGGGGUUAUGUUGGGUUACAUAGCAGUGCUGGCAUUUGUGUGCUUCAUUUGUGCGUUUAAAGGACGCAAACUGCCCCAUCAGUACAAUGAGGCCAAGUUCAUCACAUUCAGCAUGCUGCUGUACCUGAUCUCAUGGCUGCUCUUUAUUCCCAUCUACGUCACCACCACAGGCCUCUAUGUGCCCGCUGUGGAGAUGGUGGUUAUUCUACUGUCCAACUAUGGCAUCCUCUGCUGCCACUUCUUCCCCAAGUGCUACAUAAUCCUGCUCAAGAAGGAGCAGAACACCUGCAGUGCCUUUAGGAAAAAUCUCUAUGAAUAUUCCAGUAAAACCACAGAUUCAGUGGCUGUUACAGAGAGUUCAGACUCUCACUGUCACUAUAGACCUCCAUUCAUCCCUGAAAUCUCUCCAUCUUUCUUUCAGUCUGCUGUGACAGUAGACAACAAACCCAGCACACCCCUAACCCCCAGCCCCCAACACCAAGCAGGAAGAAGAAGCAGCAUCUAAAGUGUGCUGCUUUGAAAAAGGUUGAAGUACAGGCAUUUCAUAGAGUCUGUGGUCUUUCAUUCACCCCCUUAGUCACAGGAAAAUGAUCCAUGAUUAAGGACUGGCUGUCUGGCUGCUUCCAAAUGCUCUAAGAAUCUGACCAUUCUUCCUAAAACCUAUUAGCUUUUCCUAAAACCUGAUUGUUUUUCAUACAACAUAACUCUCCACCACCAGCUCAGUGGCCUUGUGGUAGAGUGUCCGCCCUGAGAUUGGAAGGUCGUGGGUUCAAAUCCCGGCCGAGUCAUACCAAAGACUCAAAAAAUGGGACCCAGUGCC